AUGAUCAGAGGGCUGGAGCACUUCCUGUACGAGGAUAGGCUGAGAGUUGGGUUUGUUCAGCCUGGAGAAGAGAAGGCUCCAGGGAAACCUUAUAGCAGCCUUCCAGUACCUGAAGGACAACAGGGUUGCAGGCACUUCCGUGGCAGGACUAAAGUGACAGACUUUGCUUAUGUGGCAAGAGACAAAGACACAAGAAUUCUGAAAUGUCACGUGUUUCGAUGUGACACACCUGCAAAAGCCAUUGCCACAAGUUUACACGAAAUCUGCUCAAAGAUUAUGGCCGAACGGAAGAAUGCUAAAGCUAUGGCUUGCAGCUCAUUGCAAGAGAGGACAAAUGUCACCCUUGAUGUUCCUCUGCAAGUAGAUUUCCCAACACCAAAGACAGAACUGGUACAGAAGUUUCACGUCCAGUACCUGGGCAUGCUACCUGUAGCUAAACCUGUGGGAAUGGAUACUCUGAAUAGUGCCAUUGAAAGUCUAAUGGCUUCCUCUAGCAAAGAAGACUGGAUGCCAGUUACCAUGAAUGUUGCUGAUGCUACUGUCACAGUCAUCAAUGAAAAAAAUGAAGAGGAAAUCAUGGUGGAGUGUCGUGUGCGGUUCCUGUCCUUCAUGGGAGUAGGCAAGGACAUUCACACGUUUGCCUUCAUUAUGGAUACAGGAAACCAGCAUUUUGAGUGCCAUGUUUUUUGGUGUGAACCAAAUGCAGGCAAUGUAUCAGAAGCUGUCCAGGCUGCUUGUAUGUUACGGUAUCAGAAGUGCUUAGUAGCCAGACCUCCUUCACAGAAAGUUCGACCGCCCCCACCUCCUGCAGACUCGGUGACUAGAAGAGUUACAACUAAUGUAAAAAGAGGAGUGUUGUCCCUCAUUGACACUUUGAAACAGAAACGCCCGGUCACUGAGAUGCCAUAGCUGCAUAAGAGAGAGGAUUCUCCUAACAUUUAACUGAAGGUAAAAGUAGCUACGCUACGGAAAGUGAACUGACGAUGUCUGGCCUUCCAUUUCAAAUUGCUGAUGCUUUGUCUUCAGAGAAUUUACCCCUAACAAACAAUGUUAGACAAGCAUGUUAUCUUGUUCUUGCCACCAUCGUGUGAUAUGAAAAGAAGCAUGAAUAUUUUUUUUUUGCUGUCAGUGAGUUACAUCAUGAGCAGUGGAAGGUCUGUUUGACUGUAAAUAUGUGAACAUUACCUAAACUCACACACACCCAAAAAAAAAAAAAAAAAAAAAAACAAAAACGGCCACGUCCCUCCCAGUGAACUCCUGCUAAAGUCCUUGGAGU